AUGUCUUACAGCAACCGUGACAACGACAACUACUCCGGUAGCGGAAACAAUGACAGCUACGGCUCCGGCAACACCGGCAGCUAUGGAUCGUCAGGCCGCUCCGGCAACGACAACGACAGCUACGGCUCCAAGUCCAGGGACAACGACACCUAUGGCUCCUCGGGACGUGAUAACGACUCCUACGGAUCCAAGUCCAGGGACAACGAUACCUACGGUUCAUCUGGCCGUGACAAUGACUCCUAUGGAUCUAAGUCCAAGGACAAUGAUAGCUACGGCUCCAAGUCCAGAGACAACGAUACCUACGGUUCGUCAGGCCGUGACAAUGACAGCUACGGCUCCAAAUCCAGAGACAACGAUACCUAUGGCUCGUCAGGCCGAUCUGGCAAUGAUGAUAGCUAUGGAUCGAACAAGUCCUCCAGCAACACCUACGGUUCCUCCGGCCGUGACAACGACUCCUAUGGAUCUAAGUCCAAGGACAACGAUUCCUAUGGCUCCUCUGGCCGUGACAACGAUACCUAUGGAUCGAACAAGACCUCCAGCAACACUUAUGGUUCCAGCAACGACAAUGACUCCUAUGGAUCCAAGUCAAGAGACAACGACUCCUAUGGCUCCAAGUCCAAGGAUAACGACUCUUACGGCUCCUCCGGCCGUGACAACGACAGCUACGGCUCCAAGUCCAGAGACAACGACUCAUAUGGUUCAUCUGGCCGCUCUGGCAACACCUAUGGUUCUAGCAAUGACAAUGAUUCUUAUGGAUCCAAGUCUCGCACUUCUGGCAACACCUACGGAAGCAAUGACAACGACACCUACUCCUCCUCCAAGAAGAGCGACACCUACGGCUCCAGCAACGAUAACGACUCUUACGGAUCCAAGACCCGCCAUGACAACAGCGGAUCCGGCUACAACGACAAUGACAGCGAGAACAAGUCCGCUGCCUCCAAGGUCCUCGGUAAGGUUGGUGAGAUGAUCGGCGACAAGCUCUCUGGCAGCCACGGAGGUUCCAGCUCCAACUACUAA